UCUCCACUGCUCUCUUAACCCGGGAUCAUACUGCCAUGGGGAAGCACUUCUUGCUGCUCCUGCUGGGCCUCUCCUUGGUGGUGGGCUUCCUGCAAGCUCUGACAUGUUUGCAGUGUGACUUGUUAAACUCUGAUGGAGUGUGUGAGAAAGGAGAAACCACCUGUGAGGCUAAAGAUGACCAGGAAUGUGGCAUAAUGGUAGUCUCUGAAGGUCAUGAAAUCCUGUUUGGGCAGCAGGAUUGUUCUUCCAGGUGUUUAAAUAAUACUUACACCCAUUAUAACCUAACACUGGACUUUACGUGUUGCCAUGACCAAUCUUUGUGUAAUGAGUUUUAGAGGCUGUGUCCUUCCUUGCCCAGUUCUGCUGCAGCACUGUUCACUGAAUCCUGUCUCUGGAGCAUGCGAGCAAGCAUUCUACUACUGACCUUGUCAUGAACCCUAUAUCUUGGUCUUUCUAUCAUAUGCCUUACAUCUUUUGUAGUCUUAGUGUAUCUUACUCUACUAUAUUUGAUACUCUGUCA